GUUAGUGUAUAAAUACCUCUCUCCCCUUUGCCUUAAAACUCUUUUUUACUCUUGUGAAAACCCCCUAGAGCUUCAGUCCCCAAAGGCCCUUAUUCUCUUUUUGAAAUCUGAAGAGAAAGAGAGCUGAGAAAGAAUGGGUGAGAAGCCAAAAUCUGGAGGUGUUUGGCCUACUGUUAAGCCAUUUGUUAAUGGAGGUGUCUCUGGUAUGCUUGCUACCUGUGUUAUUCAGCCUAUUGAUAUGAUAAAGGUGAGGAUACAAUUGGGACAGGGAUCAGCAGCUGAGGUUACCAAGACCAUGCUUAAAAAUGAAGGUUUUGGUGCCUUUUACAAGGGUCUGUCAGCUGGGCUUCUUAGGCAGGCAACCUACACAACUGCCCGACUUGGGUCAUUCAGAAUUUUGACGAACAAGGCCAUUGAGGCUAAUGAAGGGAAGCCCUUACCUCUAUACCAAAAGGCUUUGUGUGGUCUGACUGCUGGAGCAAUAGGUGCAACUGUUGGUAGUCCAGCAGAUUUGGCCCUCAUUCGUAUGCAAGCUGAUGCUACCUUGCCUUUAGCACAGAGACGCAAUUACACAAAUGCAUUCCAUGCACUCUCCCGUAUUGCGGCUGAUGAAGGAGUUCUAGCCCUCUGGAAAGGUGCUGGCCCAACAGUAGUAAGGGCAAUGGCAUUGAACAUGGGUAUGCUUGCCUCUUAUGAUCAGAGUGUGGAGUUCUUCAGGGACAACCUUGGCAUGGGCGAGGCUGCUACAGUAGUAGGGGCCAGCAGUGUUUCUGGAUUCUUUGCUGCUGCUUGCAGUUUACCAUUUGAUUACGUGAAGACCCAGAUUCAGAAAAUGCAACCAGAUGCUGAAGGAAAAUUGCCCUACACUGGUUCUUUCGAUUGUGCCAUGAAGACUUUGAAGACAGGAGGACCCUUCAAAUUCUACACUGGAUUUCCAGUAUAUUGUGUUAGGAUUGCCCCUCAUGUUAUGAUGACUUGGAUCUUCCUUAACCAAAUUCAAAAGGUCGAGAAGAAAAUCGGAUUGUGAUUGUUGCAAAAAAGAGAUACAUCCUCUCAAGUUGAGCUUUAUUAGAAAUAACAUCUUCGCCUUGUUGUAUUAGUACUGUUUUCGCUCUUUCUUUAUCCUCACGCCUUCAAAGGCUUUAAGAUUUUUGUUGGUGACACAUUGACUUGCGGAAAAUUUAGGUUAGACAUUUGAUCUUUUCCAUAUUCCUACCUUUAUAGUUUUGGGAAGACUACUUUAUCCAAACUGAUGGGAAGAUUCUUUUAUCUGAAUAAUCUAUGUACUUCAAAAACCGUCUUGAAGUAGGUACUAUGGAGUUUCACCAUUUUUGGUGUCAUCUUGAACUUGAUCUUGUUGCCUGUUGUUGGAUAUACACUCAUUUGUUAGCAUCCAUCCUGGUAUGAGCUAUUUGAGUAUUGAAGUAAAAAUGCAUCUUAAUGUU